CUAUGUGUGCUUCUACACUGCAGAGGGAGCCAUAAAUGAGGAUCAGAUCCCUGUAAGCAGAUCAAGGAUCAUGCUUCUUCUAUCUAGGGAGCGAUCCUCCUUCUCCACUCCUCCCGCUGCCGCUGCAAGUGUUUCCUUUGGGGACAUGAAGCCUCACAUAGCGCCCUGGCCCCUGCCUGAACGCUGGUCCUAGAUGAGUGUGUGGAUAGAAGCUGUGAGAAGCAAACCCAGGGGAAUCUCCUAACAGACAUUAAAGCCCCCGGGGGACAGCAAGAUGAAAGUACAGCUGAAGUCCCAAAAAUCUUGGAUUGAAGGCACUUUCUGCAAAAGGGAAUGUGCAAAGAUUAUACCAGCAUUCCGAGAUCCUCACAGGUGCCAUGGGGGAUGCCAUGUCUGCCAGAACCUAAUCAGGUGUUGCUGUGGAAGAUUAAUUGGAGACCACCCUGGUUUAGAUUAUGACUGGCCAAUUUAUGCUACUCCACAAGAGAGUAGUGAUGAAGAAUGGUUGGUCCACAAACAUACAAAGACGAGCCCCACAGAUGCUUUUGGCACCAUCAAUUUCCAAGACGGCCAUCACACAUACCAUGCAAAGUAUUUAAGGAUAGCUUAUGACACCUCUCUGGACCUGUUAAUGCACCUGAUGAUAAAGGAAUGGCAGAUGGAGCUUCCCAAGCUUGUGAUUUCUGUUCAUGGAGGAGUCCAACAUUUUAAACUUUCUUCGAAGAUCAAGCAAGUUUUUAGUAAAGGCUUGGUGAAAGCUGCAGAGACGACUGGGGCAUGGAUCCUGACAGAGGGCAUUAAUACAGGAGUCUCCAAACAUGUGGGUGAUGCCUUGAAAGCCCAUGGUUCCCAGCACCUGAGAAAAAUAUGUGCAAUUGGGAUCCCAUCCUGGGGAGUCAUUGAGAAUCAAAAAGACCUCAUUGGCAAAGACAUGGUUUGUUUUUACCAAACACUGGUUAAUCCACUCAGUAAAUUCACCAGUUUGAACAGCAUGCACUCCCAUUUUAUCAUGGUGGAUGAUGGCACUGUUGGAAAAUCUGGUAGCGAGUUGAAAUUUAGGAGAAGGCUUGAGGAAUACAUAUCUCUUCAGAAAAUACACACCAGAAUGGGACAAGGGGUCCCUGUGGUUGGGCUAGUUGUAGAAGGUGGCCCAAAUGUGAUCCUUAUGGUGUGGGAGUAUGUCCGGAGUUCUCCAUCAGUUCCUGUAGUGGUCUGUGAAGGGACAGGGAGAGCAGCUGACAUCUUGGCCUUUACACACAAGCGUACAGCUGAUGAAAAAGAGAUCACUUCAGAGCUGAAGAAUGAAAUCUUGCAAAUGAUUCAGAAAACAUUUAAUCUUGGCCAUAGACAAGCUAAUCAUGUUUUAUCUAUUCUGAUGGAAUGUAUGGACUUCCGGGAUUCUAUCACCAUAUUUGAUGCAGAGUCUGAAGAGCAGCAGGAUAUAGACAUGGCAAUCCUGACAGCUCUUCUAAAAGGAGCAAAUAUGUCUGCCCCAGACCAGCUGAGCCUGGCUCUGACUUGGAAUAGAGUGGAUAUUGCAAAGAAACACAUUCUAGUGUAUGGACAACACUGGAAAGUUGGAUCAUUGGAACAAGCAAUGGAAGAUGCAUUAGUAAUGGAUCGUGUAGACUUUGUAAAGCUGCUUAUUGAAUAUGGAGUGAACAUGCACCGAUUUUUGACCAUAGGCAAAUUGGAAGACCUUUAUAAUACUAAACAAGGACCAACAAACUUACUCUUACAUAAUCUUGUUGGAGAUUUAAAGCAGAGUAACCUUUCCCCUGACUACAAAAUUUCACUAAUUGAUGUGGGGUUGGUACUUGAGUACUUGAUUGGAGGAGCGUAUCGAAGCAGUUACACGAGGAAGAGUUUUCGUGCCCUGUACAAUGGCCUUUACAGAAAACAAAAGAGAUCUGCUCACAGUUCCACCAAUGACCUGGCACAGAAUCAAAGUCAUCUUUCAAUAAACCAGAACAGCCAGAUGGACAGCAAGCUCUCUUCGACGGAGAAUACCUUGCAUUCCCAGUUCUUCAGAACAGCCCAGCCUUAUAAACGCAAGGAGAAGACUACUGAUACCCAGAAAUCAAAGAAGAAACCCAGAGAUGAGACAAAUUCCACAGAGGACAAUGAGCUAGCUGGCUUUAUUUAUCCCUUCAAUGACCUCUUGGUGUGGGCAGUGCUGUUGAAGAGACAAAAAAUGGCCAUGUUCUUCUGGCAGCACGGAGAAGAAGCGAUGGUGAAAGCAUUAAUUGCCUGUAAGCUGUACCGGGCUAUGGCUCAUGAAGCAAAGCAGAGCGAGAUAGUGGAUAACACUCCAGAAGAGUUCAAGAAAUACUCAACAGAAUUUGGCAAGUUGGCUCUGGACCUUUUAGAAAAUGCCUUCAAACUAAAUGAGCAAAUGGCCAUGAAACUUUUGACAUAUCAGCUAAAGAACUGGAGCAACUCAACAUGCUUAAAACUAGCGGUAUCAUCGACUUUGCAGCCCUUUGUGACCCACACCUGCACCCAGAUGCUGCUGACAGACAUAUGGAUGGGGUGCCUGAAUAUGAGGAAGAACUCUUGGCUCAAGGUUAUUUUAGGAAUUCUGUUGCCACCCUUUGUCUUGAUGUUGGAGUUUAAGACCAAGGCAGAAAUGUCUCACGUGCCUCAGUCACAGGACGUCUACCAGUUUUCUAGAAUUGAUGUAGACACCCCCCCUCCAAAUUCAAAUUUGGAACAGAUAGAUCAAAACUUUGAUGAAGAAAAUGGAUCAAAAGAUGCAAGUAAAAGAAAGAACUUUAAUGGGCAAGGAAACUUGCCAGCAACUAGGAAAGUCCGUGAGUUCUACAAUGCUCCUAUUGUCAAGUUUUGGUUCCACACUAUGGCAUACUUGGGAUUCCUCAUGCUUUUUACAUAUGUAGUGUUGGUGAAGAUGGAGUCUGUCCCCAGUGUCCAAGAGUGGCUGGUUAUUGCUUACAUGUUUACUAACGCUAUUGAGAAAGUCCGAGAGGUUCUAAUGUCUAAUUCUGGAAAAUUCAGUCAGAAGGUAAAGGUAUGGCUACAGGAGUACUGGAAUCUGACGGACUCAAUAGCUAUUACUUUAUUUGUUGCUGGCUUCAUUUUACGCUGGGCUGAGCCACCUCUACAUACCGCAGGAAGGCUCAUCUACUGUCUGGAUAUCAUAUUUUGGUUCACACGACUUCUAGAUUUCUUUGCUGUCAACCAGCAAGCUGGACCUUACAUUACUAUGAUCGGGAAGAUGACAGCAAACAUGUUUAGUAUUGUGGCUAUUAUGGCUAUUGUGCUGCUGUCCUUUGGAGUGGCACGAAAAGCAAUUCUUUCACCGUCAGAAGAGCCUUCUUGGACCCUGGCUCGUGAUAUUGUGUUUGAGCCAUAUUGGAUGAUGUAUGGUGAAGUCUAUGCUAGUGAAAUAGAUGACUGUGAACAAAAUCCAGAUUGUCCUCCUGGCUCGUUCAUCACUCCAUUCCUACAAGCUGUCUACCUCUUUGUUCAGUACAUCAUCAUGGUCAACCUGCUGAUUGCUUUUUUUAAUUUUAUAUAUAGGAAAAUGAGAACUAUUACUCACAAAGUCUGGCAGUAUAACCGCUACAGAUACAUCAUAAUGUACCAUGACAAGCCUUGGUUACCUCCUCCACUAAUCUUGCUGAGCCAUGUGUAUCUGCUAAUAAACCGUUUAUGCCAUCAUAAAUCUCACAGCGAGGGUGACCAGGAUGAAGGGGACGUAGGAUUGAAACUUUAUCUCAGUGAUGAUGAUCUCAGGAAACUUCAUGACUUUGAGGAAAAAUGCGUGAGAACAUAUUUUCAUGAGAAAAAUGAGCAUUUCCAUUCGAGUGACAGUGCAAGAAUUCACGCUACGACUCUACGAACUGAAGACAUGUCAUUGCAGCUUAAGGAGAUGAAUGAUACAGUGUUUUUCAUCAAGGACUCCAUGAUUUCUUUGGUCAGUCAGAUAGGGCACCUACAGGACCUUUCUGCAUUAACAGUGGACACAUUAAAAAUCAUUUCAGCUGUGGACACUUUGCAAGUGGAAAAGGCCAAACUAAAAGACCAUACAAAUCUCCCAUGUAAGACGAUGCCACAUAGUUGGAGUAAUGUCACAUACACAGAGAACAACAGACAGCAUAAUUAUCACAGUAUGCCACCCUCGCUUCUCAGGACAUUGGCGAGGAGCCAGUGGCCUUCAGAGAGCCACAAUCCACCUCCGCUAACUGGCACACCUUAUAGUAAAGCAGAGGAACUGGAGACAGAAAAGGAUAAGGUACCUACAGUAGUAUUAUCAGAGAGCAAGUCAGCUUCCCGAUAUGGGAAUUUCCUUCUUGUUCCAUCAAGUCCGGAUGGGUCAGCUUAUACUGAUGAGCCGGUGUUGGACUUCUCAGCUUUGGAAGUUAUUGUUAGUGGUGAAGCUACUUCUGAAGAGGAUAAAACCAAAGAUACAAUUUGCUUCUUACAAGUUGACCACAAUGCUUGUGACCACAAGGAUAGUAAAGUUGUAAAACUACAAGAUGAGUCACAGCUGCCAGUGAUAAAGAUAAAUGAAUUACAGAAUGUAUCCACAAAGGAAAAUGCCUCUGACCAGCCGCCUACGAAUCUUAAUUUUGAAAAAUCUCUUGAUUUCCCUGCUGGUGAACCUACAGGAGGCUUUGUGAAUUAUGGAUUUUCAGAAGACGAGGAAGUUGGUGUUUUUAUUGGUGCUAAGAACCGCCAACUUUGCACUCACCCAAAUCACUGUACAAACUGUCAGUGUUUAAGCACCAUGGGAGGCACAGUCCAGGGUAAUGAAAGAAAUGCAGUGUCCAUUAUCUCCGAUAAGGCCACACAAAGUAAUGACCACUUCAAAUAUGAUUUGGAUCUGCAACAGAGCACUCUUCAUCAAAGCAGAUUUAAAAGCAAGGAAGAUGGGUUAGCAAAAUGUUCUGCGUUCUAUCAUGUCGAAUGUGCUAAAGAAAAACUACUUAACACUUUCAGAAGAUCUGUCAAAGAGAAGACCAAACAGACACAGCUUCAAGUGCCUGUGAUUACUGUUGAUGGUUGUUCCCAGAGCACACAGAUGAGCUCAGAACCAGCAGAGUGCUGCAGUUGGAAGAGUGAAGUGGCGGAAGAUGGAUUGGAGCACAUGAGUUAUGUACAACAGCAGCUGAUGACUCAAGAACUCGAAAUAAAUUUUGCACAAACGAGUGAAUACUUGAGGCAAUCUCAAGAGGAACUGCACAAUGGCACAGUUCAGCUGAGGAGGAGCUCUUUAUUCAGAGAUUCGGAUACAGUUAAAAAAAUGUAUGCUUCUUUGAAAGCUUCUCAAGACUUAAACAAUCAUUACUCAGCUGUGGAGAGAAAUAACCUAAUGAGGCUUGCACAGACCAUUCCUUUUACCCCUGUGCAUCGAUUUGCUGGAGAAGAGGUGACUGUCUUUAGGUUGGAAGAGAGUUCUCCAUCCAGUCUGGAUAAAAGUAUGUCCUCAUGGUCUCUCAGAGGAAUGGCAGCGAUGCUUCAGGUCCUGUCUCCUGAGAAAAUGGAUGGUGGCCUGCGCAGGGCACUGAAAGUAGUUUGUACAUGCUCUGAACAUGACGUCUUGGCCCCGGGAGAGGUCUUCAUAGUUAAAUCCUUUCUUCCUGAAGUGGUACGAGAAUGGAAGAAAGUUUUCCGUGGUGACACUGUAUUGCAACUGUGCCUCAGGGAAAUUCAGCAACAGAGAGCUGCACAGAAGUUGAUUUAUACCUUCAAUCAAUUGAAGCCACACAGUAUCCCCUACAUGCUGAGAUUCUUAGAAGUCUUCCUGAUCUAUUGUCAUUCUGCUAACCAGUGGCUAACAAUAGAGAAAUAUAUGACAGGAGAAUUCCGCAAGUAUAACAACAACAAUGGUGAUGAAAUCACCCCCACAACUUUACUGGAGGAGGCGCUAUUGUCCUUUUCUCACUGGACCUAUGAAUACACGAAUGGAGAACUACUUGUUCUUGAUCUGCAAGGUGUUGGGGAAAAUCUUACUGAUCCAUCUGUUAUUAAACCGGAAGACAAACAAUCGAGAGGUAUGGUAUUUGGACCUGCCAAUUUAGGAGAACGUGCACUUACAAACUUUGUUUCAAAACACCGAUGCAACUCGUGCUGCAAGAAACUGAAACUCCCUGAUUUGAAAAGAAAUGACUACUCGCCUGGGAGGAUCAGUCUACGGUUUGAUAUUGGAGAAGCAGACACCGAUGAAGACAUUUUGGAAUUCACUACAAAACUCUAACACAACAUUUCUGCCCAGCUAGGAGAUAAUCUUUGAGCCCAAUGCAGGAGAAUGAUACUGUAGGACUGACACCAGUAGUCACACACUGCGGAUUAAAUAGUAGUAAUUUUCAUACGAUCAUUCUUGUUCCUAAACAGGUUUCUGGGAAUUAUAUAAUGUUUGUACACUCAUAAAAUCACUAAUUUGUAUUCAUUCUCUAUGAAGAAAUGCUGUUUUUGCCGUUAAAAAUGUACAGUUUAAUAGUGUAUACUUGGAUUCAAUUUUACAAUAAAGUGCAAGGAAAUCGUU